GUUAAAGAAGCACUCCCCAGGCUCCCUCUGCCUGUGUGACUGGCCAGCAGGAGAUGGUGUUAACUUUCUAGCCACUUCUCACACUCUGUGAGACAGGCUGCAGAAUGACGUCCAUGUUUUGCUCCAGCUCAUCCCAGCCUGGCGUGGGACAGGGAAGAGAAAUGGCUGCAGUGGAGUCAGUCCAGGGGCCGGUGACCUUCAAGGAGAUGGCUAUGUAUUUCACCAGGGAAGAGUGGGCUCUGCUGGACCCCGCUCAGAGAGCCCUCUACUGGGAUGUCAUGCAGGAGAACUAUGAGACGGUGGUCUUGCUGGGCCAGAGAAUAACAUCCAUGUUUCGCUGCAGAUCAUCUCGUCCUCCCAGGGGCAAGGAAAUGGCUGCAAUGGAGCUGGCUCAGGGGCCGGUGACCUUCGAGGAGGUGGCUGUGUAUUUCUCCAGGGAAGAGGGGACUCUGCUGGACCCCACUCAGAGAGCCCUCUACAGAGAUGUCAUGCAGGGGAACUAUGAGACGGUGGUCUUGCUGGGCCAGAGAAUAACAUCCAUGUUUCGCUGCAGAUCAUCUCGUCCUCCCAGGGGCAAGGAAAUGGCUGCAAUGGAGCUGGCUCAGGGGCCGGUGACCUUCGAGGAGGUGGCUGUGUAUUUCUCCAGGGAAGAGGGGACUCUGCUGGACCCCACUCAGAGAGCCCUCUACAGAGAUGUCAUGCAGGGGAACUAUGAGACGGUGGUCUUGCUGGGCCAGAGAAUAACAUCCAUGUUUCGCUGCAGAUCAUCUCGUCCUCCCAGGGGCAAGGAAAUGGCUGCAAUGGAGCUGGCUCAGGGGCCGGUGACCUUCGAGGAGGUGGCUAUGUAUUUCUCCAGGGAAGAGGGGACUCUGCUUGACCCCACUCAGAGAGCCUUCUACAGAGAUGUCAUGCAGGGGAACUAUGAGACGGUGGUCUUGCUGGAGUUUCUGGUUUUCCAACGUGAUGUGAUCUCCCAGCUGGAACAAGGGGAAGAGCACUGGGUCCCAGAGCUCCAGGGUUCAGAGGAAAGAGAGAUCCUGAGAUCUCCCCGCACAGAUGCGGAAACAUUAAACCAACUCAGAAUCUCAGGUGAUGCAAUGGCAUGUGAGAAAGAGGAGCAGAAUUCUCAGAAGGAAAAUGUUGAGCAAGUGGAUAAACACAGAGCAUUAUUGCAAAGAUCGAAAAGGAAUGUGUCCAGGAGUAAUGAGCAAGGAAACUCCUUUGAGAUUCAGCACAGACCAGAAAGAGAGCAGGGAAACCAGCCAGGGGAGAUAUUGGAUAAAUGUAUUUCCUGUUGGGGAACUCAGAAGGUCCUCAUGGAAACCACAACACAACAGGAAAUCCUUAGGCGAAAGAGAAAAAAUACAUGCACUGAGUGUGAGAAAAACUUCACUCACAGAUCAAGCCUUUCUGUUCAUCUGAGAAUCCACACAGGGGAGAGGCCCUAUGAAUGCAGUGAGUGUAGGAAAAGCUUCACUCUCACAGAUCAGCCCUUUCUGUGCAUCAGAGAAUCCACACAGAUGAGAGGCCCUAUGAAUGCCGUGAGUGUGGGAAGACCUUCAAUCACAGCUCAAACCUUAUUGCCCAUCAAAGAAUUCACACAGGGGAGAGGCCGUAUAAAUGCUGUGAGUGUGGAAAAUGCUUUAUUAAGAGUUCAGCCCUUUCUGAGCAUCAGAGAGUCCACACAGGGGAGAGGCCCUAUGAAUGCAGUGAGUGCGGGAAAACCUUUUCUUGGCACUCAGCCCAUGUUAGCCAUCAGAGAAUCUGCAAAGGAGAUCAACAUUGUAAAAAUCUCUAGGGCUAUCAAGACUCUCUUUUCUUUAAUACUUUUCCUGAUUCCCACAUAGUAACUUUUAAAGCUCUUUGAACUGUUUGCAGCACCGUUAUCCCUCAGCUUGUCCAGAUGAGUGGCCCAUUUUUGCCUUUUGCAGUUCGCCCUCUUUUGAGGUGGACCUAUUUGUCCUUUCUAUUGUCCCACAAGUAAUUUGAGUGUGCCCUUCCUAUGAGGAACCAGGGAGCGUCACAUUUAUACCAUUCCUCCUAUUGCAAAGUUAUUGUUAGAGUCACCAGUGAUAGAGAUUGUAUCAUUGACAGUUGUUCUCACGUUGCUUUGGGUUGUGCUGAAGAGCAGUUAUAUUGGGAAUUUUUCAAAUUAGAUGUAAAUGAAGAGGAGCUGGGGCAGGAAAAAAGUAUAAUUUCAGCUUCCGUGACACUGGAAGGAGAUGGGGUGACUCAAAGAUUCCCUCCUUCCCCUUCACUGCAGAACUGUUAUCUUUUGCCUGAGCCAUGCAGAGUUUAUGUUCAUCACAUUCUAUCCAUCCACUUCUCAAAGUGUCAUGUGAUGAAGCAUUCUCUGUUGUCCGUGCUUGCAGAUGAUGUUUUUACUACUUUAAUCCUAUAUAAGAGUCGCUGUGACUGGAGAUGAAAGUGUCAAAGUCCUGGGAGGGGAAUUCAAAUGGAUCCCAAAUAGAGUGUGAUCAUUUAGAGUUUAAAUCUCAGGUUCCAUUUAUUGUAAAGCCAUUUCUGGCAAGAGGGGUGUUUUUCCCUCAUGGGGAUGCUAGGAUACUAAAAAAUUUCGUAAAUAACAUAACUGACUAUGGAGACAGGGAUGAGGGAAGCAGGUUUGAAUGGAUCAGAGGACAAUGUGGUGGGAGAAUCUCUUGUCCCGGUUCUGAAUAAUCAGAUGUAACCUGCUCUGGAAUUUCACUUGACGCUUUCUUUGUAAUGUAUUCUCUCUCUGUGAUGUGGGUUUCUAUCUUUCCUGAAGGCUGUGUUUGGUCACCCAGUUGGAUAUUAGUUCAGUUUGAUAGGAUGUAGCUCAAAUUUAUUGAAGAAUUUAAGACAAUGACCCUUUGCUAAAGUCCUCAUUUAUGAUUUCAGUUUUGCUUUUUCCCCAUCCCUGCAUGAUGACAUAGAGAAAGUUGAAGUGCAGUUCUAUCAACAGGAGAGAACUCUCUAAUUUACUGGACAGGCUAACAA